CGCCUGCAGAGGAAGCAGCGGGAGCGGCCCGGGCCGGGCCGGGCUCGGCGGGAUCGCGGUGGGACCGCAGCUCCGCAGCGAACCAUGGGCACCUCUGCCUCCGCACCGCUGGACGACGGCAAGUGCGCCUACAUCCGAGGGAAGACAGAGGCCACCAUCAAGAACUUCAGCCCCCACUACCGCCGGCAGUACGCCGUGGCCUUCUGCAGGCACAUCCAGGAGGAGCUGGAGCAGCACCGCCACUGCCAGUCCCGCUUCCUGAAAACCAAGCCCCCAGGGGAAGCCGGGACCGUUCUGUAUGAGGCAGAGCUGCUGCACUUUGCCGAGGACCUGAGGAAGUGGAAGGACAGAUAUGUGGUGAUCAGAAACGACUACACUGUGGAUUGCUUUGAGACCAAAGAGGCCUACCAGAAAGGAGGCAGCCCUAAAUAUCACAUUCUACCUGCAGGAGGCAAAGUCCUGACUUCAGAAGAAGAUUACAACUUGCUGUCUGAUAAACAUUUUCCAGACCCUGUUGGCUCGAGCGAGAAGGAGGGGACUGCAGCCUUUGUGCCGCUGCCGAAGGAGUUCCCGGUGUACCUGUGGCAGCCCUUCUCCCUGCACAGCUGCUACUGCUUCUCGGAGCCCGGGGCGCAGAGACACUUCAGCGCCGUGCUGGGGGACUGUGUGCGGCAUUCCAACCACGACUUUCUGAAGCAGACCACAUAUGAAGUGGAGGCAUUCUUAGAGGCCAUUCAGUUCUUCCGGCAGGAGAAAGGCCACUAUGGCAUGUGGGAAAUGAUAGCUGGCAAUGAAAAAGAGAUCCUGAGCAACCUGGUGAUGGAGGAGCUGCUGCCUAACCUCCAGACAAUGAUCCUGCCGAAAAUGAAGGGAAAGAGGAACGACAGGAAGCGGGCCUGGUUCGGGAUCGUAGAGGAAACCUACAGCUUGGUCCAGCAGCAGGUGGCAGAAGAAUUGAAUACCUUGAAAGAAGAAUGUAGGGAAUUUGCAAAAACUCUGGAAGGAACCAUUCGUUCAGACAUGGAUCAGAUUCUGAACUCCAAGAACUUCUUAGCCGGAAAAAUCAAAGCCAGYGUGUGUGAGCCUGCCCAGAAGUGCUGUGCAGAGAACAUCCAGCCAUUCCUCAGCUCCAUCCUGGAGGAGCUCAUGGGCCCCAUCAGCUCUGGCUUCACCCAAGUGCGCUCCCUUUUUGAUAAGGAAGUGAACGACAUCAUCCAGGACUUCCAGAAGACCAAUGACAUGACCAGGCUGAAGGAGAACGUGGAUCAGCUCAUGAGCCUGCCCUACAACUCAGUGAAAAUGGAGCCCUGCUAUCUGAAAGUGAACCAGCUCCAGGAGCUCCUGCACGACCUCAAGAGUCGCUUCAAGGCCUAUCACAUUGACUCUGUGAUUCAGAGGACACAGAACUUCAUGCAAGAGCUGAUGGAAAAUGCAGUUUAUACGUUUGAGCAGUUGUUCUCUCCRAGCCACCAGGCAGACUCGGCCAAAGUCGCAACCACCAUUGAAAAGGUCAAGCUGAGAGUGCUGAAGCAAUACGACUAUGACAGCAGCACCAUCCGCAAGCAGAUAUUCCAGGAGGCACUGGUGCAGAUCACCUUGCCCACCAUGCAGAAGACACUGGCUUCCACGUGCAAACCAGAGCUGCAGAGAUACGAGCAGUACAUUUUUGCUGAUUACACGAGUGUGAUCCAAGUAGAGAACGUGUAYGAAGAGAUUUUAUAUCAGACAGUGCUCGACGAGGCCCUGAAAGUGAUCAAAGAAGCCGCCGUUCUGAAGAAGCACAACCUGUUUGAGGAUAACCUGAACGUGCCCUGUGAGAGUGUGUCCAGCCUGACAGAGCUGAGGACCCCGGCGGGGUCAGCACAGAGCACCCCAGCCAAGACACCCACUGCCCCUCGAGCCGAGAGCUCGGACACCGAGAGCCAUGGGGACGAAACACUUGUCGCGACAGGGAAAAUUGUCUGGGAGAAGGAUGCUGAGGAGGGAAGGUCCCGAGACAAAGAGGCAAGUGCUUCUGUUGGUGCAGCUGGUGAUCAGGCCAGCAGGAGGGAAGUGGUGGCUGUUACAGACAUYAGUGACAAACACGAGUCCCCUUCGGCUGGCUGCACUGAACAAGGAGCUGCAGAGGGGAAAAGCACAUUGGAGAAUGAAUCAGGGCAUGUAGUGAACGCUGAGAGAGAACUCGAGGCACAGCAAGAAGCUGGGGAGGAGAAAGUGGCUUCUGGGACUGACACURCAGUAAAGAAUUUUGGAGCCAGCCCUAAAAAAGAACCUAAAGUACCUGAAGGAGCAGCAGAGGAAAAGGUGACUUCAGAGRGUCAAAUGGCAACAGCUGCUGCAUCUGUCAGCAGCACUGAGAAMGAAAGCAAAGCACAGGAAGAAGUUYCUGAGAUAAAGSUCRCUUCCCCACCUGAGAGUGUAACAGAUGCAGAGAUUUUAGGGAGUGCAGAAAAGACAAGCAAGGUAGAACAUGAAAUUAUGGGAAAAUUAUCUCACAGUGAAAAUGCAGUAGGAACAGAGUUUGAAGGGGAUAGUAAAAAAGAAAGCAGUGAGAGUACUGAGRCAAAGAUUAUUUUACUGGAUGAAAAGACAGAGAAAGCAGGGCUUGGGGAUAGCCCUGGAAAAGAAAGCCAGUCGGAAGAAAAUAGUUGUAAAUGCCCCGAUGAUGUGAAUGAGAUAAGGAGCUUGCUGAUGCUGACAGUUGAGAUCCCAGCAGACACUCCAGCUGARAAUAUCCAGGAGGUCUGCAAGGGCRAGCUGCUGAAGCUGCGGGAGCACCAGAAUGGCAACUAUGAGUUGAGCGAAGUGGCUGUGGCAGAAAUUCAGGUGAGCCAGGCAGGGAGGAGUGAAGAUGCAGCAGAACGUGUGGAGUUCAAGGAGGAGCCACCAGCCUUUGCCAGUCCGGGGAGAGAUGGGCUGAGUGUAGAGAGCGUACCCAGAGGGGCACAAGCAUCGUGGCUGGUGGAGAACUCGGAUUCACCUCAGGGGGCAAAGGCAGAGGUGGAGAGCAAGCAAAGCGUGUGGUACACGGGCGUGGAGAGUGAGAGGUGGCAGCCAGAGGAACGCACGGGAAAUGCGGUGGCAGGCAGCAGGCUGGAGGGGGAGGAAGGAGCGGAUCAGAGCCAUGCGGUCCCGGGGGAGGCAGGCACACAGAGCUCCCUCCYGAGCCCYGSCGCAGAUGCAGGCACAGGGAACGUGCCCAUCCUGGAUAGCGCGAAUCCCGGGCCGGGACUGCUGGAGCCGGUGUCCCUGGUGCCGCAGCAGCGCCAGGGGCAGCGCCCGGCACAGGGCACGGCACACGGGGAGCSUGCAGAGGGGCAGCCCGGAGAGCAGGCAGCUUCACCCACAGCGAUCCACAGUGCAGCAGGAACGCACUUGCUGCCGGAAGAGCACAGACAAGUUGGCUCUGCACAGCAAAACUCGGAGGAGUAAGAAGCAGCUUUCAGCGCAGCCCUGCAUGAU